AUGUGGACUCCCCCAGUUAGUGAUAAUCCCACACCUUUCAACAUUGAGCGAGAGCUGCUUCCUACAGUAAUUUCGGAACCAUCUUCCAAAACAUCUAGUAUAUCUUCAACUACUAGCACUUUGGACCAUGAUUCUUUAAAGGAGAACUGCCCACAAUAUACUCCACAAAACGUCAGAUACCAGCACUACCCAGUUCCGAAGGUUAGAUGCUUAUCGUUCCCAUACCAAACACUUCCCUCCUGUGAGUCGACAGUGUAUUUGUAUACUUGGUCUCUCCCAAGAAAUGACAUAAUAACUCAGCUAUGUUCACUUGCCACAACAUGUUUUCGAGACACAAACACAACUGUCGGACUUUUGUUUUCUAAACAAAUAUCCAAAAAAGACUACGUUUGUCGAAUUCCUAUCUACCUAACUCGCGGUAUGGCUCGUUCACGUGUUCGAUUAACAGGGAAAUUUACACUAAAUAAGAAAGAAUUAGAGUGUGUCGAAUCAGCUCAUCAUGUUAUAGCCGAAUUAAUUACAAAUAUUGCUCAUAUGUCUCAUGUUGGUUAUAAACCAUCAGAUCCUCUUCUCCGUGCUCAUUUCGAUAAACAAAACUCUUCAACGAAUAUCCCCGAAUCUCUCCGCGUCGUACUUUUUGAUCGAUUUGGUGAUUUAUCAUUCAAUCCCGAGAAAGCAAAUAUCCUGUCAUUGGUGACGCUGAUUAGACUACCAGAUUAUACUAUCGAUUAUGAAGCACUCAACGCACUUCUAGAGUGGUCUGUUUGCCGAGAUAAUGGAAUUUCAACAGCUGAUGAUAAUUUGUCCACGCAUGUUAAACCUGUACAUGGUAUUGUGCCUAAAUGGCGAAUUAGAUUGAGUCAAAUACCUGAAGACAAUUGGGUUGGUUUGGUCGUCAAACCUAAUCACUUACCGGAUAGUGAUCCUGGUAUGUUUUCUAUCUCAAAGGUUAGUUCGGAAACUGCUUCAAGUCCUCUUCCGGAAACCCUUGCUUCCAAACUUGGUGAUGUUCAAAAUGUCAAAGGCGCUUCCUCUCUAACCUAUUCCGACUACUAUAGAAUUAAAUAUCAACAGAUGAGAACCAUAUCUUUCACAAUAAAUCCAUCACUACCAUUGUUUGAAUGUAUGAGAAUAACACGUCAUCAAAAUUCGACUCAAGUUAGUGCGGGUCUAAGGAAAAAUAAAGCAUCUAUCAAACCAUCAGUGUUCCUAUCUGAUGCUUGUUUAGUGCAUCCAUUGUCAUCAUGGAUUUGGUUCCAAGUUUCCUUGAUACCAACAAUUCUCUACCAAAUGUCACGAGCGUUACUAGCCUCACAACUGUUCACAGAGUUGAAUUAUGAACUGAAAAGUCCUCAACCAUUCUCUCAAAUUAGAAUAAAUUCAUUAACUCUAAGCAAUGAUUCACUUUCUCAUACAACCAUCCUUGUCCCUGAUCGUUUAAGUGUUCCUGUUUUUUUGAAUGGUGAACCAAUGGAAAAAAAUAUCUUUGAUUUUGAAGUGGAUGAAACAACUUCAGAAAUAGAUAAACAAUUGGAUAAUAAAGCCUAUAGUGAAAGUUUAGAGAAAUCUACAAUUUGCCCUCACCCUAAUAAUCUAAUUGAACCAACUACAUUACUCGGAGCUCGAGAUGCAGUAGAUCUUGAACGUUUAGAAUUUUAUGGCGAUUCAUUCUUGCAUUUUAUAUCUACAUUAUGUGUUUAUGGCACCAAUCCACAAGAUGCUGAUGAAGGGUGUUUAAGUUCCAAAAGAGGUUCACUUGUAUCGAAUGCUCAUCUCUGCGAUAUUGCUUGCGACUUAAAAUGGUAUGAAUAUUGUACCGGUCAAAUAUUUUCGCCACCAGAACACUUUUUACCCCCAUGCUACUCUGUUGCGUCCGAGGCUUGUAAAUAUGAUCCACGUCUGUAUACACGUUUAACAGAUAAAUCUUUGGCAGAUAUGAUUGAAGCACUUAUAGGAUGUUUCUUACUACGUUCAGGACUAUCUGCUGCAUUUAAUUUACUUCAUUAUUUUCAAAUAUGUCCAGUGAGUUGGAGCACCCUAAAAAGCGAUAAGCAUUACAAAAUUGAAGCUCCAUGGCACUUUUUUUUACAACCAAAAUUAUAUUCAGAACUAAACUAUGGAAAUGCUUUCAAUCCUUCAUCUAGAUCCUUACAUGUUUCGAAGGAAAUUAUACUGGAGUUAAAUCAAAGGUUUUUUCCGUUACAAGAAAAACUAGGUUAUGGUUUUAAAAAAAUUGAAUUGCUUGCGGAAGCUGUGACUCAUCAGUCAUCAUCUAAUAGACAAUAUUGGGGGAAUUAUCAAAGGUUAGAAUUUCUUGGCGAUUCCAUUUUGGGCCAUAUUAUCAGCAACUAUCUGUUUCAAAAAUGUCCUCACUCAUCCCCAGGUGCAUUGACCACCGCACGAUCUACCGUUGUCAGUAAUAUUAAUUUAGCUAAUGUUGUUGUUGAGCAUGAAAUCCACCCAUUCAUCGAUUUUGGGAAUUGCAGUCAGAAAGCAUGCAUUGAUGAUAUAAAAAGUAUCCAUCGUCAAACCGAUUCACAUUUUGAACGUAUUGAGUUAAUUACAAAGAAGGUUUCUUCGGGGCUCAAUAUCAAAGUAUUGGCUGAUGUGUUUGAAUCGAUUCUCGGUGCAAUUUUUGUAGACAGUAAUGGUAAUCAUCAAGUCGUUUCUUCUAUUAUUCAUCGAUUCUUGGGUAAAACGAUGAAUUCUCUCAUUACUAAUUUACCCGUUCAAACAGUUCAACAAGUGGAUUUACCAUAUCCUGAAAUACGAUAUAACAACUCAACUAUUAUAUCACCAACGUUACAUGAAGAUGUUCAUAAUUCGGUUUUAUCGAUUAAAGGUAAGCGCCUAUGUGUGACGGAAAAUAUGGAAAAUUGUUCUCGUCUCCGACUUGUUGAAGAAAUUUGA